AUGGCAGUUGCAGUGCAGCAACAUGAACCGCAAGAGCAGCAGCACAGACCGGAAAUCGACAUGGGCCUGAAAAAGAAAGCCGAAUCAUUCGACGAACUGAAUUCUUCAGUAACUGGUGCCACCCAAGAAGAUGAGACUGCUGAUGAGCAACAACGCCAACAACAACAACAACAACAGCAGCAGCAAGAAUGUUCGCAGUCAUACUCGAUGCCCUCGACAUCUCUGCAUCUCGAUUCGGCUUGGCAGCAGAGAGUGCGCGAAUACGUGGCCACAUCGAUGCAAGGAGUACUCAAUGACGAAGAUUUCAACCAAAAUUUGCAGCGAGCUGUAGAAGCAAUUAAGGCCGGUGUGCAACCCAUCCGAAUCAGUGCCGGAAGUUCUGGUAUUGUCGGCGCUAGUUCCCUCAUUUUUUCACCAAAAUUGGUAUACAAACAGUCACAUGUCCAGCCAGAUGAGCGGCUGGCAAAAUAUUGUUGCGAUCACAUGAGAAAAUGA